UCUACAACAAACAUGGCCGCGAAGUCGGACGGCACGGCUGUGCCGUUACAGAACGACAUCCCGCCUUUGUGCGCGCGUACUCCCGUUCUGAGCUCGCCGCGCGGCCGUUACUCUCUACUGGACUGCUGCUGGACCCUCGGUGCUCUCCUCGUGUUUUUCUCGGACGGGGCCUCCGACCUGUGGCUGGCCGCCGACUAUUACCUGCGACGGGACUACCGCUGGUUCGCGCUCACGCUCGUCUUCGUGGUCGUGCCGUCUGUGGUGGUGCAGGUGCUGAGCUUCCGCUGGUUCGCGUAUGACUACUCGGAGUCGAGCAGCGCUGGUUCCGCUGCGGCAGCCGUGGUGGCGGCGUCGGGAGCUCAGAGGCGCUUCAGCACCGCGGAGAGCGGCGCCCGGACCCGCUGCUGCAGAGCCUGCGCCUGGCUCUUCCACAGCAUCGUGCACAUCCUCCAGCUAGCUCAGGUCUGGAGGUACAUCCACGCCCUGUAUCUGGGAGUGCAGAGCCGAUGGCGGGGGGACAGUGGCCACAGACACUUUUACUGGCGCAUGAUGUUCGAGAAUGCGGACAUCAGCAUGCUACGGUUGCUGGAGACCUUCCUGAAGAGUGCGCCUCAACUCGUCCUGCAGCUCAGCAUCAUGGUCCAGGCCAUGCAGGUCCUCCCUUUACAAGGCCUGUCUGCUUCUGCCUCACUGGUGUCUCUUGCCUGGAUGAUGGCAUCCUACCAAAAGGCUCUGCGGGACUCCCGUGAUGACAAGCUGCCCAUGUCUUACAAAGCAGCAGUUGUGCAGAUGCUUUGGCACUUGUUCAUGGUUGGAGCACGUGCUAUGGCAUUUGCACUGUUCGCCUCAAUCUUCCAACUCUACUUUGGGAUCUUCAUUGUUGCCCAUUGGUGUGCCAUGACCUUUUGGAUCAUCCAAGGUGAGACUGACUUCUGCAUGUCCAAGUGGGAGGAGAUCAUUUACAACAUGAUGGUGGGCAUCGUCUAUGUGUUCUGCUGGUUCAGUGUGCGAGAGGGACCUACACGUUGCCGCCUGCUUCUCUACAGCCUUAUAGUACUGGCCGAAAACGUGGCCCUCACUGCAGCAUGGUAUUUGUACCGUGGCCCACGCAUUUCUGACUUCUGUGCUGUGGUGGUGGUGUGCGUGGUGGCCUGUAGCUAUGCCCUGGGUACCUUCUUCAUGUUUGUAUACUACUGCCUGCUACACCCAGAUGGUCCAGUGACUGUUGCCCAUCUAGGAUGUGGCACAGUGGAGGGGGGUGCUGUGUCAGAGGCUUGUCUCUCAACAGCCACCUCUGCUCCUCCUCCAGAUGUGGUGAGUAGCCCACCUAGGACGUUGCAGAGGACUAAAGGAGGAGGAGAGCAGGAAGAAGCAGUUGAAGGGGCAGAUGUCUUUCAGGUGCGCCCCCCUGCUGGUUUAAGGACUCCUGCACCCCGCUCCACCCCAAAGACAGAAGGGCCUGUUAUUCGAAUCGAUCUGCCCAGGAAGCAGUACCCUGCCUGGGAUGCUCACUUCAUUGACCGCAGGCUGCGCAAGACCAUCUUGGUUCUAGAGGGUGCAGCACCAGGCACACCAAGGAUCCAGUAUCGCUGUUUGGGCACACCAAAGGAGGUCAUGGAGUAUGAAACAACAGUGUGAAUGCCACACAUUCUUCUAAGAGAGUCCUCCAGCUCUCGACGUAUAAGCCAGUAGUCAGAUCACCCUGGUGAAAAUGGCAUUACAACAGGCAGAGGGAAGAGAGAUAGAAAAAGGAGAGGGUACAGACAGUGCUGGCCAGGUCUCCACAUCAUAUGACCUCUUUUUUGUCUUUGACAUCUGUAGAAAUAUGCAUUAUGAGCAGUGGUAUAUGAGUGGUUAAGGCUUCUAGGCAGUAACAAGAAGGUGGUGGGUUCAGACACUAGUGGUUUGCCAGAGAGCCACUCUUGGGCUCAAGUAGAUCUCUGAAUGCUGUGCCAAAUGCACAGGUUGUUUUCUGCCUAUAGUUGUAAGUCACUUUGGGUAAAAGCAUCCAUAAAAUCCAUAAUACUCCAGCUUUUUUCAACCUAAUCUUUGUCUAACCUCUUAGUAACCAGGGCAACUGUUCUGAAGCUUCAAUUUUUAAGUUAUAUGAAACAUCACAGUUAUGAGAGAGGUGUUUUUCACAGAGUGUGUUCCUGGUUCCUGGUUCCUAUACAAGAUCUGUUAUUUCAGACCCAAAAAAGAACAAACAAACCAAAAUAAUCAUCUCAAUGGCUGAAACCUCAUAACAAUGGAUUAAAAACAAGACUAGCGGGAAAAUUAUUUCAUUACACUGAAACUUUUAAUCACCAUACAUGCAUGCAACCAUUUGAUAUUCAGCCACUGAUAAAAAACAAACUUUAAUGAGUAUAAUUUGUUUUUUUUAAAGACCACCAUUGCUUGACAGGUUUUAUACAUUUCACAUGGGACUAAAAUAGUCAUCUUGUUUAAACCUGAAGUGCCAAAGAAUAGAUGUCUUUUCACUUGACUCUUCACAGUACAAAUUCUGCCUCAAUUCAGUUAUCUGUUUUUUUCCCCAAACUAAGCCUAACAGCAAUCAUCUAUUUUAGUCUAAUAACUAAUGAUAGCAUUUUUGGCUGCCUACAUGAAUAAUAUUUUUUUUACUCCGUGGUCUUACUCUAAUGAUGUCACCUUGCAGUCACUGCCUGUAGCUCAUUUGUCACUAAGCACACCAUGUAUGUAAAUGGAAAUAAACACCCAUAGGACCCCUAACCAGGAAUUAUUUUACUGCUGAACUGUUCUAGCAUAUGGUAGGGUGUGUAGCACAUGUAUGAGAAUGCCAUUUCGAGCAAUGGUGCUGGGGUUUUGAACACUGUCUAUGCUUAUGGGCAAAAUUAUAAGACAUGCCAACCUUCUUACAAGACAGGCAGGACUUUAAAGUUAGAAACUAUGGAAUAUCUUAUUCUUUAUCUCUAGGCAAAAAUGUUAAUCCUCUUCUAGUCCUUUGUUGUUGUCAGUUUCUGAACAUAGCACUGCAUUUGCCUGGAUUCUUUUUUUGAUGGAUUGUUUCAAAAAUCCAAAAGUAAAACUGAGGUCACGUUUAAAAAGCAUAGCAGCAACACAACACUCGCACAGUUGCAGAAAAACGUUUGUCCACUGCAGGCUACAGUGUGCCCACUCAAAAGAAUGGAGAAAGUGAGCCUUUAUCAUUUACCUGAUAAAAUGGCUAAUAGUGCUGUUUAUGUACAGUGUAUUCAUAUAUUGUAAACUUUCCAUGUGCAAAAGAUGAAGUGGACACAGAAUAGAUUGAAAAGGCUGGAGUAUUUCUUUAAUGAACAUAAACAUGUUGUAGUAUGCUAUUUUUGGUGGUCCUGUUUUAUAGCCUGUAUGCUACAGAGACCCAGAGAGUGAGACUAAGAAGAUAAGAUGCAAGGAUACCAGAGACUACAUCAUGUUGCGUUUAAGUACAGUGAUAUUCUCAAACAUCUCCAUAAAAAUGGUCUGGUUCCAAACCACAACUAAAAUAUUUGCCUGAUUCUUAACAUUUAUUUGUUAUUUAUUUAUUUAUUUAUGGAGACUGAGGUAUUGUAGCUUUUAGGUGAGGUAUAAUGUAUGAACAAAUAAAAUUAUUCAUCAGUGUUCUGCCCUUGUCAAAAUCUAUAAUACAGCAGAUUAAAAAACAAAAACCCACCAGAUGAAAAAGAAUCCAAAUGUAGAAAUUGAGGAUUAAAUCCUUCAGAUAGACACAAGACAUUCCUCAUAAAAAUGAUUUUUAAUACUUCUGCAGUAUUUGACAGAUGAUGUCUAAAAGCUAACAGGGCUCAGCUGUUUCAGGUUCAACAGGAUUAUAACAUGUUUGCGAUGAAUCAAACUGUAGUGUAUGUUUACAUGUUUAAAAGUCAUUCUCUUUUUUAUAAUUAAUGAACAUUAGCAUUAUGGUUACAUGGCCAUGAAGAUUGGAUCAACAUGAGCAAUAAAUUCAGACGUUCCUGCAUUGUAAAACUGUAAUUAGAAGGAUUUUACACCAACAUAUCUGUAAAUUGUUGGUGAAUCAUUUCACUGAUUUCAUUAUCUUCAUUUUGAUGAAAGCAUCGAAUGAUUAUAUGUGAUACAUAGCAUGAUGUUUACAUACAUUAGUUUCUAAAGUGAUUGUCUCUCACCAAAACUCUGUGUGUGAUGUAAACACACAUAAGCUACCAUUUGGUCCAGAACUGUAUGUCUCAAUUUGUUUUCUAUUUUCAGAAUGUAAAUGUAUGGUAUUUAAGCUUUUUAUCAUAAAGAAGAAACAGACUCAAUGAAAAAAUUCUACUAAAGAGGUACAUAAUUCAAGAGACAAAAUUUUCUUUGAACUCAGUGAGGAUGACAAGCUAUCAGGUAGAAAGGCUUAAUAAUGAGAAAUUAUUGUUUCAGUGCAGUUUAUUGUAAUAGCAUGGAUUUGUGGUGCUGGUAAUCAAGUCGGUGCAUCCAUAAAUACAGAAACAUAGCGUUUCACACAGCAUUAUCUUUACCUGCACUGUCUCAAUACUAUGUUACCAUGUUGGUGCUAUCUGUAACACCUCAGCACAGCCUUCUGUAUGCUGUAUGCCAUAUUAAAUCUAUAAAGACCAUACUAGGUACACUGGUUUAUGCUGGAUUGAACUUGAGACACAUUAGCUAGAUGUAAAGCCUUACACUGCUCAUGUCAAUCUGUGAUUGCUGUACAAAAAACAUGAUGGACUUAAGCCAUGUGUGUCUGUGCGUGUGUGUGUGUGUGAGAGAGAGAGAGAGAGAGAGAGAGGGGGAGAAAGAGAGAGAGAGAGAGAGAGAGAGAGAGAGAGAGAGGGAGAGAGAGCGACUAUGUGUGUGAGUAUAAUAUUUGGAUGAUAAUUAAAAAAUCAAUGUGUUUACUGGCUUGACCAAAGCUUUAUUCUGGAGAGUGUCUUCUGUUCGCUGGUAAUGGAAAUGCAUUCCUUAAUAAUGAAGUGAAAAUGCAAAUGCAACAUAGCUGUACAAAUGGAAACCAGGUGAUUUUGUUCUCGGCUUAUGUCCAUUUCUUUUGCACCAUGAAUUUAGUAGAUGGUAACACUGCACUCAUGUGGAAAUACACUGAAUAGCACCUCAAAUACUAGACCAUUUAGGCUAGAAUACGAGUUGUCAACAUU